CACAGACACACGGGCGCGACUGGAAAUGCGCCGACUGCUUACUAUUGCGCAAGUAACCGGGGAUUUACGAAACUCCGAGAGAAAGGACAGCAUGGCGGCGUGACUGGAACCUGGCUGAAACACCCAAUGAGUUUUCUGCAGAGACCGUGGGGCUUCACUGAUGAUUUUAACAGUUUGGAGCUCUCCACUUGUCUGGUUUCUGUGAGCAGGCAUCUGGUGGCUUUUUAUUCCCACUGUGUUUAGAGAAUUUCCCCAUCCUGGGCUGAGGAGUAAUAAACAUGACUGUGGCCAAUGCAAAGUCUGGCUCAGCCAUGCAGCAGGUCCUGGACAAUCUGAAGGACCUCCCUUCAGGCACAGGAGCUCAAGAUAUUGAUCUCAUCUUCCUCAAAGGUAUCAUGGAGAGUCCUAUAGUCCGGUCUCUUGCCAAGGCUCACGAGCGUCUUGAGGAAGUAAAAUUACAAGCUGUGCGGGAAGAUAAUGUUCAUCUGGUGUCUGAAAUCUUGGACUCCCUCAACAAACUGCCAGAGAAAGAUGCUGCCACUGCCGAGCUGACCAGGAUCCUCCAGGAGCCGCACUUCCAGUCUCUGAUAGAAACUCACGACAAAGUGGCUGCAAAGUGCUACGAGAUGCCCCAUUCCGCGGCGAACAGCAAUUCCUUGAUGGCGAGUUCCCUCAUGCCAGCCGAUGCCGUCAGGAUGAUCGGCAUCCAGAAGAAAGCCGGGGAGCCACUGGGGGUGACGUUCCGGGUGGUGCGAGGGGAAAUGGUGAUCGCCCGGAUCCUGCACGGCAGCUCCAUCGACAGGCAGGGCAUGCUGCACACGGGGGACGUCAUCCGCGAGGUCAACGGCCGCGAGGUCGGCAGCAAUCCCAGCGAGCUCCAGGAGCUGUUGCGGGACUGCAGCGGGAGCGUGACGCUCAAGGUCCUGCCCAGCUACAGAGACACGCCGUCGCCUCCACAGGUUUAUCUGAAGCCACAUUUCAGCUACAACCCGGCCUCAGACAACUUGAUCCCCUGCAAGGAAGCUGGCCUGGCCUUUUCCAAGGGAGACAUUCUCCAUGUGGUCAACAAGGAGGACCCCAACUGGUGGCAGGCUUGUAAAACGGUGGGUGGAGCGACCGGCCUCAUCCCCAGCCAGUUUUUAGAAGAGAAGAGGAAAGCGUUUGUGAGACGAGAGUGGGACAACGCUGAAGCAGGGAUGCUCUGCGGAACUCGAACCGCAAAGAAAAAGAAGAAGAAAAUGAUGUACCUCACCGCCAAGAAUGCAGAAUUUGAUCGAUACGAGCUGCAAAUCUACGAGGAGGUCGCCAAGAUGCCCCCGUUCCAGAGGAAAACGCUGGUUCUGAUUGGCGCUCAGGGAGUCGGGAGGCGGAGCCUGAAGAACAGACUUAUUGUCCUGAAUCCUUUGAGAUACGGAACAACGGUCCCCUUCACGUCACGCCGUCCCAGAGAAGAAGAGAAAGACGGCCAGAACUACUGUUUCGUCACGCGCGAGGAGAUGGAGAAGGACAUAAAGGAGAGCCGCUACCUGGAGCACGGCGAGUACGACGGGAACCUCUACGGCACCAAGAUGGACUCCAUCCACGAAGUGGUGGCCGCUGGCCGCACCUGCAUCCUGGACGUGAACCCUCAGGCCCUGAAAGUGUUGAAGACGGCCGAGUUCAUGCCGUUCGUGGUGUUUAUUGCUGCUCCUGAACUGGACACACUAAGAGACAUGCAUAAAGCUGUGGUCGACGCCGGGCUCACGACCAAACUCCUCACGGAGAAUGACUUAAAAAAGACUGUGGACGAGAGCGCCAGGAUCCGCCGGGCGUACAGCCACUACUUCGACCUGACCAUCGUUAAUGACAAUCUGGACAAGGCCUUCGACAAGCUGCAGGAGGCGGUGGAGCGGCUGUUCGUGGAGCCGCAGUGGGUUCCCGUCAGCUGGGUCUACUGACGCCCCGCCCGAACAAAAAGGGGAUUCAGCGCUGUCCAGUGCAGGAGCCUCGGUCUCACGCAUCGGAGUCACCUUGAUCUCAACUGCCAGAGUUUUAUGCAUACUAUGCAACUCAACACGUGGGAAGUGUACUUAUUUAUUGGCAAAUAUUUUUUUUUUUUUUUUUUAAGUAUAUUUUCUAUUAAUGUGGAUUGGAGGAAGGAGCUGGCGUCGUGUCCGGCCGUUUCUGCCACAUCCUGUUUUAAUUUUCCAUUCUUAUGUGAGAUAGGUAAAUUGUAUUUAUUCUGCAAAAAAAAUGAGGGCUUCUCUCAUUGAAAAAGGAUGAUACCUCAGUGUUAGAGUUUACAGUGCAAAUGUGUCCAGUACUUCAUCUCAUUUUGUCACUACAAAUGUGUCCUUCAUGUAUUAAGGUGUCAUGUUAUCGAGUAACUUAUUUCCUUCAGAAGAGGAAGACGCCCCGGGACAAAUUCGUAAAUAGACCGUCACUAUGGUGUCGCACAGGAAGAAGAGCUUUCUGGUUGUCUUAAUCCAUUAUUUCUCUUAAACUUCGAGCACAGGAGACGUUACAUUAACUGCCUAUUGUUCUGACAUUGGGAUCAUUAAGUGUUUUACUGUCAGAUUUCUCCCGCCUGGUGCUGACUCUCCAACAGGGUACUGCAACUCAGCGAACCAUCCCUUUUGAUGUGAUACGACUAAAACUUAACUGUUUUAAAUGAGGUUCAUAUUUACUUAUU